AACAAAUAAUAAUUUCUUUAUUCUUCCAGGUGUUCUCUGUCCAGCUUCUUCACUUUUAGCAAGAAAAUCUCUUUUCUCUCCUGUAGACUCUACAAAUCGCUACAUUUCGAAAUUUGGAAAUCAGAAAGUGUGACCAUGGCGACCCCAAGGCAGCUUGAUUUCUCUUCCGCUGGUGAUGACGAUGACGACGAUACCUCUACUCCUUCACCAUCCUUCUCCCGACGCAAAUCCCCGCGGAAACAGACCUCCGAGACAGUAGCAGAAGAAGCGACAGAGAAGCAGAAGACGAUGAAGAAAUUGGCUUCGCCGCCGAGCAACCGAAUCUGGAACGAAGAAGAUGAGCUCAUUGUGCUAAAGGGAUUAGUGGAUUAUCGAGCUAUAACAGGCUUCCAAGCAAACAGUGAUUGGGAUGCCUUUUAUCGUUUCGUCGGAGACUCCAUCGUUGCUAAAUUCUCCAAGGAACAGCUGAUGGGUAAGGUCAGCAAGCUGAAAGGGAAAUUCUAUGUUCGCAUGGAGAAAAUCAAUCAAGGGAAAGAUCCGAUCUUUACUAAGCUUAGUGAUGCUAAAGCCUUCGAAUAUUCCAAUAUGGUUUGGGGCCAAAGUGAUUCGGAGUUUGCUAAUCACCAGAGCAAGAUUUGUGAGGAGGAGAAGCUUAAGGAGGACGAACAAGUGGCUACUGUUGAACCUUUAGAUGAGAUUGGGACAGCGUCGAAAACUGACUCUCCCGUUCAUGGUACCUCUCCGUCUUCCCAACGCAAAUCCAAGCAGAAGAAAGCCUUAAAGCGUCCGGCUUCCGAAGCAGUAGCAGAGGAAGUGACAAAGAACAAGAAGACCAAGAAAUUGGCUUCGCCUGUGAGCAACCGAAUCUGGAACAAGGAAGAUGAGCUGGCUGUGUUAAAGGGACUUGUGGAUUACCGAGCUAAGACAGGACUCGAACCAAACAGUGACUGGGUUGCCUUUUAUCGAUUCGUAGAGGGUUCCACUGUCGAAAAAUUCUCCAAGUAUCAGCUCUUGGAUAAGAUCAGGAAGUUGAAAAGGAAGUUCUUUGUUCACAUGCUAAAAAUCAGUCAAGGAGACAAUAGCUGUAGCGACUCUGAAGCCUUUAGAUUGUCCAGAAUUAUUUGGGGCCAAAUUGAACCUGAAUUUGCUAAUCAUAGCGAGAGUGGUGGGGAUUCAAGGAUGGAGGACGAGCAAAUGGCUAAUCCUGAACCUUUAAAUGAGAAUAAGGCAGCAAAUGAUGGCAAUGUCGACAAUGAUGCGGAUGCUGAUGAGUCAUGGGCUCUGCGGGAUGCAUUUGAGGCCAUGAUGUCGAAAGGAUUAAGUGAGUACCUAAGGAGGGUACAACUUAAGAAGCUGAUGAAUGUUGGACCUGAUAAAAGAAAAGAGCUAAGCGCUGAAUGGAAGGCGUUAUGUGCUGAGGAAGCAAAAUUGAAUGUCAAAAGGUUCAGGUUUUCCGCUAAGCUUGCAGAGGCAUCAAAUGAUAUGUGAACCAAAUAAAGAAGCCCUUGCAGCAUUUGGUGUUUAUUUAGGGUAAGCUGUCCUUUGAGAACUGUCUUAGGAAGAUAGUUCUAAUGUCUCUGAUAUGUGAACCGAACAAAGUAGGCAUGUCUUAAAUCCUUUUGGUUGUGGCUUUUGUUAUUGUAGAUUAGCAUCCUAAUGUCUGUGUUCUUUUUGUGAAGAUAAUUAUCCUAAUCAUCCUGUAGUGAGAAACCUUCACUUGGUUUCCCUGUCUUUCGAAUGAUAGACUACAAACAAGCGUAUAUGGAAUCCUUCCCUCC